AUGGUGCGUGACGAAAAGGUCAAAGUGGGUGUGCUAGGAGCCACUGGCACGGUGGGCCAGCGCUUCAUCCUCCAGCUUAGCAGUCAUCCAGAGUUUGAGCUGCAUGUGCUGGGUGCAAGUUCGUCGUCUGCUGGUAAACCAUAUCAUGAAGCCGUAGCUGGGCGCUGGAAGCAGGUGCGACCGAUUCCCUCGUCGAUUAGGAACAUGAUGGUGCAAGAAUGCGAGCCCAGUGCAUUUGCAGAAUGUGGUGUUGUAUUUAGUGGGCUUGACAGCGGGCCUGCUGGUCCUGUUGAAGCGGCCUUUCGCGCAGCAAACCUACGCGUGUUUUCUAAUGCCAAGAACUACCGACGCGAUCCACUUUGUCCCCUUAUUGUACCACUAGUGAAUCCGUCUCAUCUCGAAAUUAUCCCACAUCAGCGUGCAUCUCAGUCGCCACAACUUGAUCGUGGUUUCAUUGUAACAAAUGCCAACUGCUCUACGACGGGUGUGGUUGUGCCGCUCAAGGCACUGGAAGCGGCCUUUGGUGCCCUGGAUAUUGUCAUGGUCCAAACAAUGCAAGCAAUCAGUGGGUCAGGGUAUCCAGGCGUAAGCUCACUCGAUAUUCUCGACAACGUUGUUCCAUAUAUUAGCGGUGAAGAAGAGAAGAUUGAGUGGGAAACUAGUAAGAUCCUUGGGGGUCUCAAGGACAAUAACACGGCCUUUGAUCUGCAUGAACAGAGUCCAAUCCGCGUGAGUGCUCAAUGCAACCGAGUGCCAGUGAUCGAUGGGCACCUUGCAUGCGUCAGUGUAAGUUUCAAGAAGCAGCCACCGCCGUCGCCUGAGCAAGUUGCCAAGGCCUUGAGCUCCUACGAGUGUGAGGCCCAGUUGUUGGGCUGUCACAGUGCGCCUGUGCAAGCCAUCACUGUGCACAUGGAGUCUGACCGACCUCAGCCACGUCUUGACCGUGAGUGGCAAGAUGGUGCGGGUGUGAAUGUAGGCCGGAUCCGACCAUGCCCAGUGCUAGACAUCAAAUUCGUCUCGCUAGUCAACAACGUCAUGCUCGGCGCCGCCACAAGCUCGGUCCUUAAUGCUGAGAUAGCUCUCAAGAGAGGCUAUUUGUCGUAA